UUCGAACCAGAUGGCCUCAGUGAAUUUGGGCGUGAGCCUUUCUCCCCAAUCUGGGCUUCAAUUUCUCUGUAUAUUUGAAGGGAUUGGAUUUAAAAAACAGCAAUGAAAUAAUAUUCCAAUAGCCACCCUUUAGGAAAGGUCAGUGGAAUUUGAGACCCAAUGGCUUGCAGGUGCCAGGCGGGCCCCCCUUGGGAGGAGGUGGCAGGUGUUCAGAGUCCCAGCGCUCCGGCCAGGCCUGGGUGGGGCGCCAGUGUAGGGUGCUUGGAAGUCACGGAACCAUGGGACCUGCGGCCCUGGAAGGGCACCCGAGUGCAAACCCCUGCUGGUGCUCAGGAGAAAACUGAAGCCCGGAGAGGGACAGGAACUUGCCCAGAGUCCCACGGGGAGUUACAGCUCAGUGCUCGGUAUGGCCCUGUGUUCACCGUUUAUCUGGGCUCCCGCCCUGUAGUCAUCCUAAGUGGUUAUGAGGCCGUCAAAGAGGCAUUGGUGGACCAGGCAGAGGCAUUCUCCGGGCGAGGGAAAGUAGCCACGUUGGAGAAGACCUUCAAUCAGCAUGGCAUUUUCUUUGCCAAUGGGGAUCGAUGGAAAUACCUUCGGAAGUUCACCACCCUCUCUCUAAGAAAUCUGGGUAUGGGCAAGAAGGAAGGAGAAGAGCAAAUUCAAGAGGAGGCUCACUGCCUGGUGGAAGCGUUACAGAAUACCCAAGGGUCCCUGCUGGACCCUUCCCUGCUGCUGUCUCAGGCUGUCUCCAACGUCACCUGCAUUCUCCUGUUUGGGAGUCGCUUUGACUAUGAAGAUGAAAAGUUCCGAGCUGUGGUCCUUGCCGCUGCUGGCACGCUGAAGGAGAUUAGCACCUCGUGGGGACAGCUCUGUGAGAUGUUCUCGGGUCCCCUCUACUACCUCUCGGAUAUCCUUCGAUAUCUCUCAGCUCCCCAUAGCCGGCUCACAGACCACCUAAGCACCCUAGCAACCUUUGUCUCAGGCCAGAUCCAGCAGCACCAGGAGAAGCUGGAACCUCAGGCUCCUGUCAGAGACUUUGUGGACGACUUCCUGGUCAAAAUGGGCCAGGAAGAAAAAGCCUCAGGGUCUGGCCACACGGAUUUCCUGCUGACCACUGUGAACCUGCUCUUUGCGGGGACGGCAACAGUCAGUGCCACGCUCAAAUAUGCUUUCCUGCUCCUGCUUAAAUAUCCAGAGGUCCAAGAUCGAAUCCAGGAGGAGCUGAGCCGAGAACUGGGGCGGGAGCGGGCCCCCAGCCUGGAGGACCGUGGGCGUCUUCCCUACACUGAUGCUUUUCUGCAUGAGGUUCAGAGGUUCCUGGCCCUCCUCCCUAUGGGGGUACCCCGUGCCCUCACAAAGCCCACUUCUUUCAGGGGCUAUGAUCUGCCCCAGGGCAUUGAAGUCUUCCCACUCCUGGGCUCCGUUCUGCAUGACCCAGAAUUCUUUGAGCGGCCAGAGGAAUUUGACCCAAGCCGUUUCCUGGAUGCCGAUGGCCGAUUCAAGAAAAACGAGGCCUUCUUGCCUUUCUCCUUAGGGAAGCGAAUCUGCCUUGGGGAAGGCCUGGCCCGCACUGAACUCUUCCUCUUCUUCACCACUAUCCUCCAGAAUUUCUCCCUGGAGAGUCCAUCCCCACCCGGAGCUCUGAGCCUCCGGCCAGCCAUCAGUGGCUUCGCCAACAUUCCUCCAACCUUCCAGCUUCGCUUCAGACCCCGCUGACUGGCUUGGGGGAGAGGGCAGCAGGAGACCCUAACCCCCAGGGCUGAUGAACUGGUGCCCCACUUGGAAUGGGCCCACAGGGUUCAGAGACAGGCUCCUAAGGCUCCCAGAGAACAAAGACCUAGGAGUAGAUUCAUCCAUUUCAGAGACUCACUCUCAACAUGCUCAUGAAUGCACACAGACCAACAUCCUGUAUUUAUUCAAUUCGACACACCCUUUGUUAGCCAUGUUCUACACGUAAGACAUUCUUGAUGUAGAAAUGGCCAACUUGGAGUUGAGGAUCUGAGUUCAAAUCCUGCCUGUCCUACCUCUGUGAUCAUGGGCUAGGCAUUAUCCCUUUCUGGGUGUUAUCUUCUCACUCUAAGCCUAUAAUCCACAGCAGCCCACAAGCCAGUACUUCUCUUUCACACACCCUUAGGACACACUGUAGACAUACCCUAGCUGUCUCUUGGGACCUCAGAGUAAGUAGGAAGAGAGAGAAGGAACUACCUAGCCCAACCCACCCUUACUUGAGCCAGAGUUCUGACUACCACAUACGUACUUGACAGAUUUAUCUAGUGUCUGAUUGCCCUGACUUUCAGGAAGGGGAAACCCACUCUGUCCCCAGGAAGCCCAUCCCACUUCAGGAUACCUCUGAUGGUUAGGAAGGUCACACAAUUUCUCUUGUCUGCCUCUCUAGUCUUACCCACGGGCACUAACACUCCAAAUACCCAUGGUUCCACCACUACCCUGCAGGUGCACUCCACCCAGGGAAAGGGAGACCCAUCUUGGCCUCUGUCCAGUUCCUCUGAAGGAGCUUGAUCUGCAGUUUGACCCCCUGCAAACACCCCUCCCCAAAGUGUUGGGGACCUGGAAAAGAGGCUGUCUCUUCCCUCCCCUCAUGCCCUUUCUACCCCUACCUCCUCCCCAAUAAAUACUUGACCUACUUCUGGAAGA